UGGGGAUCCACUUAUUUUUCGCUUUUUCUUUUCCUUCCUUUCCUUUUAUAUGCGCUCGCAUUGAACAAUCAAAGAAAAAUAAUCAUCGCCUUAUUUUCUUUUCUUAAAUGAUUGACGUGCAACCCUCAACUACGCAGUGGUCAGCCACGCUACCUACGGAUAACCAGUCCAUUCCCUCAGAAUUACUCGCAAACCUCAAACAACACUCUUUAUUCCAACGUACCAAUAACGACAGCUUUCUUGAACAUUUAGCAUGCAGCUUGCAUUUACGAACCUAUGGUUUGCACGAUGUCAUUAUCAAAGAAGGAGAACAGGCCAAAGCCAUGUUCUUCCUGCUUAGGGGAUCGGUCGACGUGUGUUCAGCCGACUUUGAACGUAUCUAUGCCACACUGCCAAAAGGCUCAUGCUUUGGUGAAAUCGGCAUUCUCUUUUCCAUGCCGCGCACAGCGACCGUGAUUGCUCGUGAGAAAUGUACCGUCGCCGCACUCACGGCUGAAGAAGUCGCUUCCAUUCUACCUCACUAUCCAGACGUCGAAAAAGUGCUGCGUUUUGAAGCCGAAGAACGUCUCGCCAUGCUCAACAAAAGUUUAACCAUCUCGCCAAGAGGGCCCACCAUUCGUCGACCCAGCGCCGAAUGUAAUGUCGAAGCUUUUCACGCCACUGGUGCAAGAGAUCACUUGCAAAAGAUAUCAUAUUUUAAAGACUGCCCCGAGGACUUUUUGCAUGCUAUUUCUUUAAUGGUGGAACCCCGUUGCUACAUUCCUCGAUCCAUGAUUAUUCGCAAAGGCGAUCAAGGCACCGAAUUAUACUUCAUUAUUACCGGUACGGUGGAAGUGACGACAUGGAUGAGCGAUCAAUCUGGACGCAAGACAUGCAUUGCACGGUUGGGUCCGGGGGACUAUUUUGGUGAAAUUGGCAUCUUACUGAAUGUGCCACGUACGGCGACCGUGAACGCCAUCACAUCCGUGGAAGUCUAUGUAUUGAAACGAGAAGACUUCCUCAAAGUAUGUUACCGUUAUCCGGAUCUAUUACAUCAUUUUGAAGCACUGGCACAAGACACACUCAAAGAUUUGGAGGAAAAGGUUCAGUCUCAUGCAGAGAACGAUGUAGAUACAGUCACUGAGGGAUCGGAGUUUGUCCCGGUUCAAGAACAAACGUAUGGUGCCCCUCUCGUACCAAUUCAAGCAAGCUCGGUAUGCAGUACGACCAGUGACAUUGAUCCAACCUUGCUUCCGACCGCCACCAAUGUUUUGCGCGAUAAAGAAAAUCGGAAACGACGGGCUAGCGUGGCGGUGUGGGCGGAUCCACAAUUGUUGGCGGUGGCCAAUAAAUCUCGCAUUACCGUGUCACCUGUCGAUCAGUUGUCUCCCAAAGGAUCGCCAAAAUCGCGUCCCUCCGGUGUCGCCAUGGACACGAUGGACAUGACUCAAGAAGAAUUUCCACCAAGUGGACAAAAAGAACCUUUCAUGGGCCUCAGCGAUGAUUGUUUAAUACGCAUUGUGAGACAUUUGGAUUUACGGAGCGUUUUGCAAUUAUUGAAAGCAUCGCGUAAUCUUCGACGACUUCCUGAACGGAUCAAUGUAUUCUCGGUGGUCGAUCUUGCCCCAUUCAACCGAAAAGUCACCGACGAUAGCGUGGUAGAAAUGGCGCAUCUGUUCAAGGAUCAGUUUACGGAACUGUCACUGGGGCAAUGUUUUCAUCUGAGUGACACAGGCUUGGCCACGUUGGUGGCUCAUGCCUCGAAUUUGCAGUCACUGGAUCUUAAUUCAUGCUGGCUACUGACGGAUCAAAGCUUAACCUUGCUGGCCGCCAGUUGUCCCUUGCUGACGAAACUGGAUUUGUCCAACUGUCGAAAGAUCACCAAUCAUGGGUUAUUGACGUGGCUGGAAAAAAAGGCGGAGCGACGAUUUGGAGGAUUGAUAGAUUUGACGCUAUCUUACUGCAAGAAUCUGACGGAUUUAACCAUGGGGGCUUUGGUCGAGUUUUCAAAUACCACCCUACGAAGCCUCAACCUCCAACGAUGUACCAAGAUCACCGACGAAGGUUUUCGCUCAUGGAAUAUUACCGUGUUUCCUGCGCUGGAAGAAAUAGUCUUGACCGAUUGCAGUUUUCUCACCGACGAAGCGAUUGCUAACCUUGUUGCGGCUGCGCCUAAUCUACGACGAUUAUCCAUCAGUUUCUGUUGUGCGCUCAGUGAUACUGCCAUUGAGGAAGUGGCGAAACUACAAUGGCUCGAAGUGUUGGACGCCAGUUUCUGCGGUGCAGCUGUAUCGGAUGCGUCCGUGCACACGCUGUUUGAUCGACGCAAAGACACAUUGACCGAAUUGAAUAUUCGAGGGUGUGUACGCAUCACAGAUGCUCUACUCUCUUUCAUCUUGGAUGCUAAACAUUUACGGUAUCUGAACAUCAGUCAGUGCCCUGCCAUUGGCCAAGACACCAAACAUUUUCUUCAAGACACUAUGAGCGAUCUUCAUCUCACUAUUUAAAACAUUGAUUUCGUAGCUGCAGUAAUUUUUUUUCUCUAACUCAUUCAUUUUUUUUCUUCUUUUGCUUUUAUCGCCCGUUUUCGUUCUUUCACAUCACACGCAAAUUACCAUUCAAUAAAACAAAUGACAUUCCACCUU